AUGUCCUACGAUGAGGCCAUGUCCACCAUCCAAGACUGGAUUGAGAUGACUGGCCAGGUCCUCGCCGAUCACGAACGCGCUGGCAAAUUCCAAAUCCGAACUGACAAACUUCUUCGAAACGCCCUUCGCAGUUACGAUGCCAACUGCACUAUCCCCUACGAUGCUCAUCUAAUCGGUAAAAACGACUUUGCCGUCUGGGAAAAGCAAGCUGUCCGGUCCGAAGAUCACUGCAUUCAAGUUAGCACUGCUCGAGCUGGCUUGAAAGCUUGGGUCGACAACUACGCCUGCAUGAGCAAGAAAACCAGCCGACAAACUAAGCGGGUGACGAAGUUCAUUGGAAAAAUUGCCAAUCCUUACUGUUAA